GAAUUUUCCGAACAAUUGGAAGAAUAUUUGAAAUCGAAACAUAUCAAAAGCUAUGAUUAUUCGAAAUUUGGAAAUGUUAAACGUAUUGGCGAAGGAGGUUUUGCAGUCGUUUAUUCGGCAACUUUUAAUGAACAGACUUAUGCAUUAAAAAGUCUAAAUAACACAUUGAAGUUUGGAGAAAAAGAGUUAACCCAAUUUAAACAUGAG